GGGUAGUUCCGGCGCGGCGCCGCCGACGCGGUGCAUUGUGGGCCGCGUAGUUCCGGUGCGGCCGCGGCGACGGGCGGCGGCGGCGAGAGGCCGCGGUUGGCCUUGUGGGAGCUGUAGUUCGGCGGGGGUCCCCCGCGCUCGCUCUCCCCGCCGCCGGGGCAGCCCUAGGGUGUGCGUUCCCGGCCCCGGCCCCGGCCCCGCCAUGCCGGGUUUCACCUGCUGCGUACCGGGCUGCUACAACAACUCGCACCGCGACAAGGCGCUGCAUUUCUACACCUUCCCCAAAGAUGAGGAGCUGCGGCGGCUCUGGCUGAAGAACGUCUCCCGGGCGGGCGUCAGCGGCUGCUUCAGCACCUUCCAGCCCACCACAGGACACCGCGUCUGCAGCGAGCACUUCCAGGGCGGCCGCAAGUCCUACCUGGUGCGGGUCCCCACCAUCUUCCCACUCCGCGGCGUUAACGAACGCAAGGCUCAGAGGGCCGCCCGCCGCCCCCGCCCGGCCGCUGCCGCUGCCGCCGCCGCGGCAUCGCAGGGCCCCGGUGCCGCCGGCAGCGGCGAGGCCCCGGCAGGGGGCGCGGCCGAGGAUGUGAAGCCGAUCGACCUGACAGUGCAGGUGGAGCUCGGGGCCGGGGCUCCCGCUGGGCCUGGGCCCGGCAGGCUAUCGGCAGCGGCACGGGAGGAUGGCCCGUUGGAGGGCGGCCCCCCGGACCACUCGUACUCGCUGUCGUCGGGCACCACGUCGGAGGAGCUGCUGCGGAAGCUGAACGAGCAGCGCGACAUCAUCGCCCUGCUGGAGGUGAAGAUGAAGGAGAUGAAAGGCAGCAUCCGCCGCCUGCGCCUGUCCGAGGCCCAGCUCCGGGAGGAGAUACGAGUGAAGGACCGGCUGCUCCACGCUGCCGGCGCCGGUAACCGCAAACGCCACGGUCUCUGAGGGCUGCCGGGGCCCGACUCGGCCCGGGGCUCUCCACCGCCCUCGGUGAGGUGUCCAGACAGAGCAGAGACGGGGCUGGGCUACAGCCCUACAGCCCACCCCGGCUCUCGCUGCCCGGUCCUUCUGUCCUGCCGAAACAGCCCCCUGCCGAGCAAACCUCCGCCACCGGAUUUCCCCGCCCGGCCGCCGCCAGCUCACUGCCGAGCCCCGUUGUUGAUCCAUCCUCACCCCAGAGCUGGCACUGCGGGCGCCGUCCAGCGUCCCCACCGGGCCCAUCCUCACCCUCCCUGUACCAGCAGCAGCAGAAAGCACUUCUGUGGAUGUCGACGGAAUCCAAGGCACCACGAAGCGGAUGUGGGGGAUCCAUUUUCAGCAAAGAAAGUCGCUCUGUAUCAAGUGUGCUAGCAGCAACACUACCCCUGGAGAAGGCAUGUCUGGAAGCACAGUUGGCAUCGUACCCCUCAGAAGAUAGAGCGGCGAUGGUGACAGCUGGCCUUGCCUGGCAGAGGCCCGAGCACAGCUUUAGGGAGCCUCCCAGGGUGCUGUGUUUUUUCAGUAAGCUGCUGAUGCCCUGUCAGACUGAGGCAUGUAGUGGGAAGGAGCCCCCUGGUUACAGACCGCUCUCAUGCGAUGUAGUUUCUGCUUUCCCGCAGUUCCUGCGUGCCCCUUAUGGAUGUCUUGAUGUUCUCAGCACUAGUGAGGAUUGACAGGCUGGGCCAAAGCACCUGGUGGCAUCUGAUGGCUGCGGUUUCUCUCAUUGGCUUAAGGACUCCCUCUCCUGAAAUGAGGGCUCAGAAACGUGUUGGAAUGUAAAUCCUUGGCCUUCAUUCCAAGAAGCAGGAUGAGAGGGAAGCACAGCGAGUCUCCCUGCAGCAGCUGCAAACCCUUGCUGUCUAACCCUGAACUAGUUGGCAUGACUAACCAUCAAUGCAUUAGGCAAGCCUUCACCGAAACCUGCUCGCGUGUUUGACCCCCCAAUGUAAGAGUAUCGUAACAAAGCUCUGUGGAAUGAUUGUGUACUUUCUGUUUCUAGCCAGCUUUCGUCCCCUUGCUCCCAGCAACAGGAAACCAAACUAAGGUUGGCUGGGGUGGGUGGAGUAAGGGUGGCAAGGCUUGAAUGUGUACUCCCCGGGGUCAUGGGUAGAGCAGAUACCUCAGCACUGUGGAGGAAGAGGAGGAAGAGGAAGAGAAGCAUAUCUGGUGCACCUAGUGCUUGGGGUACGGCCACAGUAGUGAUUGAGGUCAGAAACAAGGCAGUUCACCAGAAUGUACCCACAUCAGAUGUGAGGGAGCGGUGCCCAGGCUCCCCUGGGCCCACGGGGUGGUCUCCCCACAGGCGUGGUGCAUGUGGGGCUCAGAACAUCCAUUCUGCUUAUGUUUCUAGGAGUAUUUUCUAAGUGUAUGGAAGUGUCUUUAGUUUGAAAGAUUGUACUCUCUGUAACGCUGGCUGGUGGAGCUCUGCAGCUCGUGGCGUUGGAUGGGCUGCAUGGACAGCAUGGGCUGGGAUUUGGCAGCAGAGGUUCCUCCUGUCAUCACACAGCCCCUGUGCUGGUGGCACUGGUGCGCCAGUGUUCCCUUGGCGUGUGCACCAACUUGGAUGGCUGCCUGAGAGGACUCUGCAGGCCCACUCACCUGAUAAGUACUUGCCACAAUUUUAAUUUUAAUUUAUUUUCUCCACUCUGAUGUGUAUCUCUUCCCUCCCACUCCGUGGUAUCCCUGAUCUUCCUGUGAGUCAAGUCAGCAGCCAUUUCAUUUCUGUUGUUGGGUUGGGCUUUCGGGUUGGUCUUUCUUGACAGGAAAGCAGGUACCUGCUUAACCGCCCGGUUUGACACACAUAACUGGUCUAGCAGAUCCACAGGGUCCCAUCGAGGCAAGAGGCAGCACAAGGUCUCUGCUGAUGGAGGCUGGUUGUGCGUCCUGGCUCCUGGAGCAAGUGCCUGUGGUGACAACUCGUGGUACUUUUUCUACCAUUGAAAUGCACCUCAGGACGUUCAGCGACUCAGCCUGCUGGACUGGUUACCUGCUGGACUUGUCAGCUUCUCCAGGUUACACUGAGGUGCUAACAUGCUUAAUUUUAAUAAAGUCUAUUUUGUUUUGUUA